AUGAAGCUUGUGUUUACCAAGACUCGGAUUUUGACCGUCAAAGUAGCUACUUUGGUCACUUUCCUCUCAAUGGUCAAAACUCUGGAUCAAACAAGUUUGACCCAAAAACUUGUCCCGCUUUUAUCCAAAAUACGCACGAAGGAACCAGCCGUGAUGACGGCUACGCUCGCUGUCCAAGAAGCCAUGGGAUUCAAAGUUGAUCGAGAAGCAGUCGCAACCCUUGUCCUCCCGCAAUUGUGGUCAAUGUCAAUGGGUCCGUUGUUGAAUGUGCAGCAAUUUCAAAGGUUUAUGGAGGUGAUCAAAAAACUAGGGGAACGAGUCGAAAAGGAACAUGAUCAGUUCCUGCGUGAUUCUCAAAGGUUAGAAGAUCGUUCCUCAGCAGGGACUAUUCCCGGUGGGAAUGGCGUUUCAAGCACGACCAAUGUCAACUUCGAGAGUUUGGUAGGGAGAGCAUACGGCGCCACUGUCAAGGCAGACACAGCAGUGGACACUCAUAUCCCAUGGGAAGACGAUGUCUGGGGAACCAUUUUCAGUGAAGAUGCUAAAAAGUCGUCUCUCACUUUGCAAACGUCACAUAUACCCCGUUUGUCGGCCCCGCUAUCCCCCGUUCCUAGCAAUCCACCCUUAGUGCUCACACACCGUCUUUCCGUACCAUCAGCUUCCACGCCUACCGCCGUUUCUCAACUAGAUCAUGCUUCGCGAAGCCAGACAACAGCAUCUCAAUUCGCGGCUGCUCCCACACCUCCCAGAAAGCCCAAUUAUGAAAUUUCAUGGAGCACACCAACGACUCCUUCGGUACCCCCACCACCAAACAUUCAGCCAGUUUUGCAUCCUCCUCGCUUACAAGCCGUCGCCCCCACUUCCACCACACCUGCCUUCUUCCCCCCCCCAUUGAUGGGAGAUUUGCUCGUCCCUUCGAAGCUACAUCAAACAACCUGGGUAAACACGACUCAGAAGGUCUCAAAGGAUGCCUGGAGUGAUUUUGACCCACUUCUUUAA